AUGGAGGUGGACAUCGAUGCAGGCGAGGAGGAUUUCUUCGGGUGCGAGGCGCUGCGGAAGCAGAUCUCUGAGUUCAACCCCUUUGAACCCGAAGAGGACGCGUUCGCCGCCAUGUACGACUGGAAGACGCCGCCUCCGUCGCCCGUUUCGGCGAAGGGCUCCGCGUGA